AUGCCCAGCUGUGGUCCACUGAAAAUUCUCUCAGAGCUGCCUCCUCUGCAUAGGUGGGUGGCAGCCGCCUAUGUCCGGUUGGGACUGGUGCGGCCGGUGCGUUCGUCUCGCCGAGUGGGCCAAGUUCCCCGGGCACCGGGCCGCGGGCCGCGCUUCUACCUUUGCUCUCGGAGCCCCCCGCGCCCCGCGCCCCGCGCCCCGCGGGAGGAAGCCGGGGCGGCCGCGCAGGGUGUUCGGAGGCCGGGCCGGGGGAGGGCGGGCUGCCGCUGCCCAGACGGCGCCUUAUCCGUGCGAUGCCCGCCCCGCGGGGGCGCGGGCCAAAGGGAGCGGGCCGGGACCCGCAGUGCGACCCUCCGGCCCGGGGACCCGGGCUCGGGGAGCGCCCGGCGCCUGCGGGUCGCACCGGGCGGGGCUCGGCAGGUCGCGAGGUGCGGCGCCCCCGCGCUGGCCGCCGCCGGGCUGCUGUGCACGGCCCUGGCCGCCUACUCGUGCUGGGGGCAGCUGCCGCCGCCGCCCUGGGCGCCGCCCGCGCCGCCGCGGCCGGUGGGGGUGCUGCUGUGGUGGGAGCCGUUCGCGGGGCGCGCGGGCGGCGCCAGGAGGCCCCCGGACUGCUGGCUGCGCUUCCGCAUCCGCGGCUGCCGCCUGCUCGCCGACCGCGCGGCCUACGGGGAGGCGCAGGCCGUGCUCUUCCACCACCGCGACCUGGUGAGGGGCGCCCCGGACUGGCCGCCGCCCUGGGGCGGGCACCCGCGGCCGCCGGGCCAGCGCUGGGUGUGGAUGAACUUCGAGUCGCCGUCGCACUCCCCGGGCCUGCGGCACCUGGCGGGGGACCUCUUCAACUGGACGCUCUCGUACCGGGCCGACUCGGACGUCUUCGUGCCCUACGGCCGCCUCUACCCGCGGGCCCACCCCGGCGACCCGCCGCCGGGCCCGGCCCCGCCGCUCGCCCGGAAGCGGGGGCUGGUGGCCUGGGUGGUGAGCAACUGGGACGAGCGCCAGGCCCGGGUGCGCUACUACCGGCAGCUGAGCCGGCACGUGCCGGUGGACGUGUUCGGCCGCGCGGGGCCCGGGCGCCCGGUGCCCGACAGCGGGCUGCUGCACACCGUGGCGCGCUACAAGUUCUACCUGGCCUUCGAGAACUCGCAGCACCCGGACUACAUCACCGAGAAGCUCUGGCGCAACGCGCUGCUGGCCGGGGCCGUGCCGGUGGUGCUGGGCCCCGACCGCGCCAAUUACGAGCGCUUCCUGCCCCGCGGUGCCUUCAUCCACGUGGACGACUUCCCCAGCGCCUCGUCGCUGGCCGCCCACCUGCUCUUCCUCGACCGAAACCCCGCGGUCUACCGGCGCUACUUCCACUGGCGCAGGAGCUACGCCGUGCACAUCACCUCCUUCUGGGACGAGCCCUGGUGCCGCGCCUGCCAGGCCGUGCAGGCCGCCGGGGACCGGCCGCAGAGCGUCCGCAACUUGGCGCGCUGGUUUGAGCGGUGAAGCCGCGCUCGGCCGGGGGAACCCGGGAGGGCGGAUGGUCGGCGUCGGCAGCCUCAGGGGCGCACCUCCGUGAGUGCUGAACCAGGGGCCGCAGGUUUCCAGACACCCACGGUGGCCCUGCGGGAAACGGGUGGUCCGGCGAUCAGUAUCCUUCCGCACAAAAACUGGGUGGGCAGGAUCCCUGGUUCUCGUGGUUUUUCGUUUUGCACAACUAGCCUCUGGGCUCUGCCCGCUGUACGUGGGUGUCACCUGAAGAAGGGAGCCCUUCCUCACCUUGUAGCCGGUGCCGAGGGGAACCAGAAGCCUUGGACUCCGUUGCUCUGACUUGGCUCAUUGGUCGCAGGCCCUGUUUGUGGCCUGUGCUGAAUCCAAAUGCAUAGGCACUGCUCCCGGACUUUGGCUUCAGUGAGCCCCACGAGCAGCAAGCCCCCGGUUUUGGAAGGAGGCUUGUUGCGGAACAGCGAAAGGACUAGGGCCGCAAGUGGGCCUUUCCGUCUGUUGGUCUGUUGGUUGAAUUCUGCAAAGCCUCGCCUAAGAAGGGAGAGGAGCGUGGUCCAAGAAUCUGUUGGCUGUUCCAGAAUAAGUACUUUUUGUUCCCCUGCCCUAUGAAUGCAAAGAAGAUGCCAGAUUGUCCUCGGAGAAGAGUUCAGAUGAAUAUAUAUAUAAGUGUACCUCACUUUUACACAAAUGUGUUUUUGAAAAGCUGCUUUUAAACCAAAUCCCAAAUUCACUGCUUUAGGAGAGUUCAGGAUUUACUGCAACCCUAUGGAAAAAUCCCUUUACAAUGUGAAUAAUCAUCUCCUAACCUUUUUCCUCUGUGUCUACGUUUUUCUAUGACCUAAAUUUUUUUAAAAAGCAUAAUUACAGAUGUGAAAAUAAAGCAGAAGCAACCUUCUCCCCUCUUUCCAGAAAACCAGCCUGUGUUUACAGAGAAGGAAGCCACAGUGUCACUUUCUGCAAAAUUAUUUGUUCUCUUUUUUUACCGGACCCGAAAUUGAAGCAGGAAUGUCAGUCCUCCAGGGGUACUGGCAUUACCUGUCGGCAGAACAAUGAGAGACUGUACCGCAUUAUGGAAUCAUGGAAGAGGAAGAAAGUUUCAUGGUGUCUGUUAUUGCCAGUUUUUGUUUUGGUCAGUUUUUGGUUAACUGUUUAGUUGUUAGGGAAUGGAACUAAAUUAGUGCCUGUGGUGAGCUUGGGCUUUCUUUAAAAUAUAAAUCUGCAAGGUUUCUUGGGGCCAACAGGUUCCGUUCCUGAUCUGCCUGGUAACACAGUAUAACCUCACAUUUCUAGUGACCUUGAGACUGUGUCAUGGGACCAAUUUUGAAAAUAUGGGCAUUUACUCGAAAAGUUGUUGAAUGAACAGUAUAUUCAGUAGGUGUCACAGUGUGCCUACUCUGUGCCAAACUGCACUUGGGAUGCCAGGAAAGACGCAAAAAUGUGUAAGGCAAGGAAGGUCCUUUCCUUUAAAGGCUCUUCGAAUCUGCCAUUGCCAACAAGUAAAGAAUUAACUUUGAUAAAAUCAAUUGGCAGAACUAUUUGUUUCAAGUGACAUUCUGUAACGUAGUACAGGCUGUAGGUCAAUUAUUAGAAAGCCAGUUGAUUUACAGCCUCAAACAAUGGUUUCUUUUUUCUCCUCCAUUUAUUAUAAUAAGGACCCUCAGUGGCUGACUAUUCUGGGUGUGGUCCAAGAUUAAUUAGGUUCCUAUAAACUUCUGCUAUAAACUGUAAUUGUGCAUUUGAUUAGGACAGUUAGCUGAAUCAUAAAGUAAGUUUUGUCUCUGUGCAUUUGUUGCAGACUCACUUAAAGAGCUCACUGGAAUCCAGGUGCUUCAAUUCUUCCUUUUCCUUGAAAGGAAAAAUUAGAGCCCACGGAUAAAACUUCCUUAUUAAAAUAUUAUAGCAUGGGUGGAAUUACAAAGUAUCAGCCAGCCAAUAAAGAAUAAGGAAAAAUUUUAUUUUUAAAAAAGAUUGUAUUUAUUUGAAAGAGAGAAAGAGUGUGUGCAAGCAGGGGGAGGGUCAGAGGGAGAGGGAGAAGGAGACUCUUAUGACCUGAGCUGAAGCCAGAUGCUCGACUGACUGGGCCACCUAGGUGCCCUGAAAAAUUCUCUUCUUAAAAUGAGUAUUUAUGAGGUGUUGGCCAAUGAUCUUGGUGUUAUCGAGAAUCUACAUGGGGCAGUGGGAGAGUGGAUUUUAGAGGUAAUCUGGCUUAGAUUUGAAUUCCAGCUAUGUGACCCCUGCAAAUUAGUAAUGACCUUAAGCCUUGGAUUUCUUACCUGUAAAAAGGAGGAGGAAAAUGCUUCACAGCUCAUUGUGAGCAUUUGGGGAAGUAAAAUAAAUAAAGGUGCUUAACACAGCA